AUUCUGGAGCGCUAUUUGAUGUGCUUUCGAUUGUACGACGCUUUUGUCGUGAUGCUUUUUUUCUGAAAUAUGUUCCCUAUUGCAUCUACUCAAUAACUAAAACUAUUAAUUCUUAUCUGGUAGCUACAUCAAUAAUUCUGCGUGUCCUGUUCAAUGUCAGGAAGCCUCAUUAGUCAGCGUGAAGAACAGCCUGUGUUGGUCCUUACUUGUCAGCGAGAUUCACAUCCUUUUCAGGAUCGUACAAUUAUACUAAAUGAAGUAAUAAAAGUUGGACGUUCUGUAGCUCGCGCCAAACCUGCAAAAAACAAUGCUAUCUUUGACUGCAAAGUUUUGUCACGAAGUCAUGCACUUAUAUGGCACAAAGGAGAUCGCGUAUGUUUUUGAAUACUUUGUCGAUCUCAUUUACAGUUUUGGUUACGUGAUACAAAUAGUAGUAAUGGAACUUUUGUCAAUAACACACGAAUGGUCAAGAAAAAUGAUGAGGAGUUUGCUGAUCGUGAGAUAUUUUCCGGUGAUAUCAUUCGUUUCGGAGUAGAUGUUGUUGAACAUGACACAACUCACGGCUGCAUCAUAGCUCAAGUCGCUUUGUAUCAUCCUAGUGGAGCAGAAGCGAAACAAAACGUUGAUCCUGUCAGUAAUAAUAAUGCUAUGACUGGAAUCGAUACACUUCAUACUGAACAAAUGUUCCGCUUCGCUCAUUACAUUAGCGAGGCUUUAUUUCGGGAACAAGUUUUGGACACAAAACUGGAGUCUAUCAAACGACUCUUACAUGAAGCACAAGAAAUUUCCGAAGCUGGUUGGCAAUCUAUGGUGGAUGAAGAUCAACUUUUGGAGAAGCUGAGUCUUUAUGAAAGCCAACUGUCUUUAUUAAAGCAGAAUUUGCCUGAGAAUUCGUUACAGUCACAUCUAAUGCAAGCUCUAGAAGAAAAAUUCAAUCUUGAAAAAGCCAGUAAAAUAAUGUUGGAACGUUUAUUAAACGAAAAAGCGGAAGUUUUUAGCAAAGCUACAGAUCUUGAGCAUUCCUUGGUCGUGUCUCAACAAGAGUGCAUUCGCCUACGUCAAGACUACGAGAAAAUCCACGAAGCCUACCAGAAUUUGGCGAAUGAUAGGCAGCUGAAGCACGUGGCAUCAGAGGGAUCAAAGGAGAACAAAGUUGAAAAAUCUGAUAUGAAAGUUGACAAUGAACAGUUGAAUGAUGAAAAAGCAUUUGAAAAAAUUUUCGACCAAUUUCUAUAUUCUGAUCAUAAAACAAACAAUAAACAAGCACUUGAUAGUCAUAAUGGUGGUAAUGAUGCAAAUAUUCUUCUGAAUGGUUUAGACAAUGGUAUUUCAAAAAUUCCUGAAUACUAUGAUGAUAAGUUAAAUAAUAUAGACGAACGGUUUAAUAUACAAAAUAUUGAUAUGUUAAAAUCAUCGGAACCUAAUAAUUCAAGCGAAACUCAAGGACAACAUGUCAUCACAAAUGAUGAAUCUCAUAAUGGACAUACAUCUGUUCAGAUAACUGAAAGUAUUCGACUUUUCAAUCAAUCAAAUCAGUUGAUCAAAUUACUCCAAGAUGAAUUAAAUACUUUGAAUAAAAUGAAAAAAUCAAAUGAAUCAACAACACUUUGUUUACCGGUGAAUUCUGAUUCAAAUGAAAUUGAUACAUUUGAUUCACUUGAUGCUGUUGAUUCAGAUAAAAAUUCAUUGAAAAAACUUUAUACUGUUAAUUGUAAAGAAAAAAACUUUGAAACUGCCUUACAACAUGCUACAGAGUAUGCUGCUUUAAUUGCUAAUAUUCAAAAUCAAUUGGGUACAGAUUUGAAUUCAUUGUGUUUAUUACGGAAUCAUCAUCAUCAUCAUCAUCAUGAUAAUGCGGAUAUUUUUAACAGUCAUAAUGAUGUAUGUAUACCUCCGGACGAAUUCAGGACGAAUCAUGUGACUAAAGUGGAUGUUAGUCUUGGAACAGAAACACUUGCCGAUCAUAUUCAAUCUACCGAAAUGGGCAUCGAUGAGACUACCAGCCAAAAAGUUGAAAUUAAUCAUUUGGAAGCAUCUGUUACGCAUAAAGAUUCACAUGCAGAUGAUGAACUUUUAAAACUACACAGUGAGCUAACGAAAUCCGUGAAUGAAAUUGAGACUUACAAACAGCUGACUGAAGAUUUAAGGAAACAAGAUGCCGCUAAAGCAGAAUUAUUGUUAUUAGUUCGAGGAGAAUGUGAUACAUUAAAAAAUCGAAUAGCUGUAAUUGAAACGGAUGUAGCCACAAGUCGUGCUGAUCACCAUCGUCUAGUAUCUGAAGCUAGAAGAGCACAGACAGAAGCUAAUGAAUUGUUACUUGAACGUGACAAUUUAUCAAAACAACUAAAUUCUGCUAAUAAUCAAAUAGAACAUUUACAAAAACUUCUUGCCACUACACUUUUGGGUGAUAAGGUCACAUCAUCGAAUUCCAAUAAGAAUACUAUUUCAAAUGAAAUAUCCAGUAUGAAUUCUUCUUUAACUGAUAAUCUUUGUUCAACUAAUCAACGUCCUAAUAGAACCAGUAAUUUACCAUUGCAUGAACACUGUUUCUCAUUAUUUGCUGUUAUUCCUGUUAUGCUAGUGAUUUGUGCAUUCAUGGUAUAUAUUUUCUUAAAAUUUGUUCGAUGACUAUUUGAAUAUACAAUUGAUAUGCAGAGUUGACUGCUCCAUCUUGAUCUCCUGCUGUUAUAUAAAAAUUAUUUACUAGUAAAAUAACGCGCUUAUAAUUCAUCUUGAAUCAUUUUGAAACCAGUGAAGGCAGUUGAAUGUAGAAAAACAUGUGUUCAUUCAUAUUUCAGCGAAUUUGUGAAUUUCCAACUGACUACACUAUACUCGCAUGAAUAUGUACUGUUUAUCUCGGGGAUUAUUGAUCUUGGUUCAAUUUACAAUCAAUUCUUUAACCAAGUAACAUCAGCCUUUUUACUUGUGUAUUACCUCUCUCUACUCAUCCAAUAAAAACACCUGUUUUCUUUAUAUACAUAUAUAUAUCUAGCUGAUAUAUAAAUCAGUUUGUUAAUUAUUGUACAUUUGAUCCUAUGAAUUAUCAACGGUUAGUUUGUUUUUUUUUUUCACCCCUGUCUGUAGUUAAUUUUUAGAGAUUUACACAAAAAAAACCGCUUUUCAACUUUGCUCUUCUUAUCACACUAGUAUCAUCAUUAUUGUAAUGUAUUUCCUGUUAUCAUAAUACAUUUUGCUAUUCUUUUUUUUUUAACACAAAUAAACGGCAAUUUCACUGGUUAUAUAUAUAUAUAUAUAUAUAUAUAUAUAUAUAUUGAAGAUGUGUUCUAUCUCUGGGCGAUAUUGUUGAAAUAUAUAUAUAUUUUUUCUGUAUAUAUCUUAUAUAUAUGUAGAGAUUUGUAUUUAUCAAUUCUAUUAUAGCCCCUGAUCUCUCUGAUAACAUUAUCAUCUUGCAUUCUUUCCUCUUCUUUUCAUUAUUCUUCUUCUUCUUGUUAUUAUUAUUGCUAUUAUCCUCCUCCUCCUCCUCAUCGUCAUCGCCAUCAUCAUUAACUGCAUGCCUUUAUUUCUCACGGGCUUUCCAUUGUUCUCUUCUUCUUCUUCUUACAUCUUAAUGUCCAGACAUAAAUAUUAUCGGUUUUUUUUUAAGAAAGAAAAAAAUUGCCUUUCUCGUUUAUCUAUUUACUACUGGUCAAUUUACCUAAUUCUCUCUCUAUAUAUAUAUACAUAUGCUAUAUUAUUAGGCAAAUACAAAUUGCCUAAUAAAUGUUAAAGUAGUAGACUUUCUCAUUUCUCUUCUUUUUUUUAAAAAAAAAUUUAGUAUAUAAUUGCUGUUAUAAAAAAAACACAUUUCUUUCUAUAAUUUUGUUUUGAUAAUUGUUAAUUUGUUCUGUUUGUUUUACAGCUACAUUUUUCACAACAACAACAACAAAAAAAAUAGUGCAUAUUAAUUUAGAAUGAUAGAGAGAGAGAGUUCACUUUGAGUAAUGUGAAAGAAUGCGCAUAUAUAUAUUUAUAUAUAUACAUAAUGUUCUAUGAAUAAAUAACCGAUUAUGAAUUUCGUUUUUAUUCGAAUAGCAUGUCUUCUUACAUGUUGACAAAUUCUUUACAGUUUUAUAGCUAUUUUCUAUAAGAGAGAGAGAGAGAGAUAUGAAAAAAAUUGAGGCUUUGAUAAAUCAUCA